AGCGGAAAGACUGAGAUAAUCUCCGCGGAGCGAGAAUCAAGUGUCACUUUUUCCUCAGUCUGGCACUGACGUUGGACCAAAAUAAAGACAAUCAGACGGCCUCUGGCAGCCAGCAGAACAACCCAAUCCGAAGACGACUGUUGCUUACCCAGUUAUGAGGAUGUCUGGGACAUCCACCUCCGAACGCUCCAACUCCGAAGACAGUCCAUCGAAUCCCUGCCUGACGGAGGUGCUCAGAACCUGUGCCAAUAUUCAGUCGCUGGAGAGCCUCAACUACGAGUAUAACGACGUCUACCUGACCGGACCCAGUGAGGGCAAGAUGAUCUCACCAAAUCCUUACUCCUUCAGCGGGAACAUCUCCACCAGCAGCUGCCCCAGUGAAGAUGUAUCCUUCACGGAGAGCAUACUCGAGGACAACGGGCGUAUAUCGCUGGCGUAUGAGAACCUAAAGACCAUUCCAAGGCGAUUGGCCGACAAGUUUGCGGCACAGACCAAGUUCCUCGAUCUGAGUCACAACGAUUUCCGAAAUCUCAAAUUUCUCUCAUUUUUUGAGGACCUGGACACCCUCAUCCUGGACCGCAACGUGAAUCUAGACAUCAAUACAUUCCCAUACUUGCCGAGUCUGAGGAUCUUGUGGAUCAACAACUGCGAUAUAGCCAACAUUACUGACUGGAUACACCGCAUCGAGCGGCAGUGUCCUUCGCUGGAGCAGCUCUCUUGCAUGGGCAAUCCUGGUAUCCGCACUGUCUUCGGUAGUCAGGGUCCUCGGGACUACACCCUGCAGGUCCUGCCACAUCUAAAAUACCUCGACGGACUGCCGGUUUGCCUGAACAGCGGGAGUGGAGGGCACACGGCGCUCUCCUCAUCGCAGGGACACGGUCAGGAUUCCACCAGCAACUCAGAGAAGCCACAUACUGCACCCGCUCUCACCUUCAAGGACUUCUUUCGUGUGAAGCAUUCAAGGAAAUCGCACAGCGGACGGACCUACGCCAACGGCUCCUCCACAAACUGAAGUCCACUGGCGAUGGCUGGGUGAGAGGGGUAUUCAGUAGAUUGCAUUCAGUCCCAUUGUUGGACUAUUUUUAGCCGUCCGCUGGACUAUCAGCGCUGCCCUCGGAUGCCCUGCAGUCGUCGAUUGCACCUACAGUACGAUGCAUGGAAAUAUAUACACAUACAUGCCAUGAACCGAGUGCACGUAUAUAAAUAUGCAGAUGUAUGACGAUGUUGGACAUGCACGAGCCUAGUGAGAAUUAAUCUAGUGCAUUGAAGCAAUUUUUACAAUAAAGCGAGUCAAUGGACUCAUGAGAUGAUCAACAGUGGGUAUAGUAUAAUGGCACCUAUCUUCUGAGUAAAUAUUGUGCUCGUUUUAACAGCAUUGUGAAUGCCGUUCAAUGUCCGAUUAAUGUUGCAUCAAUUCGUGUGCCUGAUUAAGUGUGCUCUUGUUUUCGAAAUGGAGGUCACCCAAAAAGAUAUAAAAUAAAGUUAGCAGUAAAUUAAGAAAGCAAACGUUGGGUUUUCAUUGCAUCUCAAGGGGUGUGAAAGGAAGGCCAGCUAUCUCUGAUAAUUAAUUUCUCUAAAUUUAUUACAGAACUAUUUUUGCAUACCCG